AGCUGCUAAAUGAGAAUGACAAGACGGCAGAGACCAAACACGCACUCAAAAAAGGUAUCGCGGACGGCGACCGGUGUGGCGUGGGUGGCGUGUGUGUUAGCCACCCUGGCGUGUGGCGCGGCGGCUGCAGCGACAAUUCUCCCGCAAGAUGGGCACCAGCAGGACAAAGGUAUCGAGGAACCAGUCAAUGGCAGCGGAGGCCGCCAACCAAACCGUUAUACUGUUAGACACCAAGUGCUGGAUGCUGGAAGUAACUCUACACAAGGAAGCCACAACGUGGUCCUUCCUCAGGGACCUCACCACCAAGUGGAUGACCUGGGUGGUUCCAUGGUGGAACUCAGUCAUAAGCCUUCAACAGAUCCACAAAUUGGAGCUGGAAAUGAAAUCAGAACAGAAGGAGGAGGAGCAGGAUCCAGUAUCAGUGCUGGAGAACUAGGGAGCUCUGGAUCCAUUAGUAAAAGACUCGGUGCUGUGCUGGAUACUGGAGUUACAGAAAGUUCCAAUUCUGUUUCUGGAGUGCCACUGACUCCUGGAUCAGGUAACAGGGGAUCAGGAGGCUCUGGGAUGGGUGCUGAGGCAGCUGGAACUUCUGAAUUCUUCUCUGAUGUAAUAAGUUCUGUAAUAGAUAGUGUUGUAUCGAGUAGCAGCACAACAGAGGCUCCAAGGUCUGGUGCUGGGGAAGCAGUAGCUUCUUCUGGCUUUGGAGUUCCAAUUACACCAGGCUUUGGUGCUGCAGCACCGGAAAGUUCAGCGUCUGGUGCUGCACCAACAAAAAAUUCAGCGUCUGGUGCAGCAGCAACAGAAAGUUCAGCGUCUGGUGCUGCAGCAACAGGAAGUUCCAGUCCUGACUUUGAAGUGGCAUUUACGUCUGGUUCUGGAGCCUCUCCAGCAGGAACUCCCGGAUCUGGUGUUGGAGGAGAAGCAGGGAGUUCUGGAUCAACUGUUGAUGUUAGUCUUGGAUCGAAUUCCCAGUUGACUGAAAUACCUAAGUCAUCAGGGUUAUCAUCUGGCGGUGAAGAAAUCCCUAAUAGAGCGAAUCGUACCUCAAGAAGCUUCGCGCAAAGAAUCGGCACCGUGGGAGAAGCAGGCACGUUUGUCGUGAGUCAGGACGCUGGGGCGAGUGGCUUCACUCUCAAGGACCUGAGUAUCGCCACACAGGCAGUGCCACAGGGCGGCUUAGGAUCUGUAAACAUUGGCACUAUAGGGGGUGAACCCGCUACUGGAAAUGUGGCUGCGCAAGGAGGUGGUCCUUCUACGCUCAUUAUUCUUGAUGGCAAUGCCGGUGGACCAGGAAGCGGUUUUAUCUCAGGCAAUGCCGGUGGAUCUGGAAGUGGAUUUAUCUCAGGCAAUGCUGGUGGAUCUGGAGGUGGUUUUCUGACAGGCAAUGCCGGUGGAUCUGGAAGUGGAUUUAUCUCAGGCAAUGCUGGUGGAUCUGGAGGUGGUAUUAUCUCAGGCAAUGCCGGUGGAUCUGGAAGCGGUUUUAUCUCAGGCAAUGCCGGUGGAUCUGGAGGUGGUUUUCUGACAGGCAAUGCUGGUGGAUCUGGAAGUGGUUUUAUCUCAGGCAAUGCCGGUGGACCAGGAAGUGGUUUUAUCUCAGGCAAUGCCGGUGGAUCUGGAAGUGGAUUUAUCUCAGGCAAUGCCGGUGGGCCAGGAAGUGGUUUUAUCUCAGGCAAUGCUGGUGGAUCUGGAAGUGGAUUUAUCUCAGGCAAUGCUGGUGGACCAGGAAGUGGUUUUAUCUCUGGCAAUGCCGGUGGAUCUGGAAGUGGAUUUAUCUCAGGCAAUGCCGGUGGACCAGGAAGUGGUUUUAUCUCGGGCAAUGCUGGUGGAUCUGGAAGUGGAUUUAUCUCAGGCAAUGCUGGUGGAUCUGGAGGUGGUUUUCUGACAGGCAAUGCUGGUGGAUCUGGAGGUGGUAUUAUCUCAGGCAAUGCCGGUGGACCAGGAAGUGGUUUUAUCUCGGGCAAUGCUGGUGGAUCUGGAAGUGGAUUUAUCUCAGGCAAUGCUGGUGGAUCUGGAGGUGAUUUUCUGACAGGCAAUGCCGGUGGAUCUGGAAGCGGUUUUAUCUCAGGCAAUGCUGGUGGAUCUGGAAGCGGUUUUAUCUCAGGCAAUGCCGGUGGAUCUGGAAGUGGAUUUAUCUCAGGCAAUGCUGGUGGAUCUGGAAGUGGUUUUCUGACAGGCAAUGCCGGUGGAUCAGGAAGUGGAUUUAUCUCAGGCAAUGCCGGUGGAUCUGGAGGUGGUUUUCUGACAGGUAAUGCCGGUGGAUCAGGAAGUGGAUUUAUCUCAGGCAAUGCUGGUGGAUCUGGAGGUGGUUUUCUAACAGGCAAUGCCGGUGGAUCCGGAAGCGGUUUUAUCUCAGGCAAUGCCGGUGGAUCUGGAGGUGGUAUUAUCUCAGGCAAUGCCGGUGGAUCUGGAGGUGGUUUUCUGACAGGCAAUGCCGGUGGAUCUGGAGGUGGUUUUCUGACAGGCAAUGCCGGUGGAUCUGGAGGUGGUUUUCUGACAGGCAAUGCCGGUGGAUCUGGAGGUGGUAUUAUCUCAGGCAAUGCCGGUGGAUCUGGAAGUGGAUUUAUCUCAGGCAAUGCCGGUGGAUCUGGAGGUGGUUUUCUGACAGGCAAUGCCGGUGGAUCUGGAGGUGGUUUUCUGACAGGCAAUGCUGGUGGAUCUGGAGGUGGUAUUAUCUCAGGCAAUGCCGGUGGAUCUGGAGGUGGUUUUCUGACAGGCAAUGCCGGUGGAUCUGGAGGUGGUUUUCUGACAGGCAAUGCCGGUGGAUCUGGAAGUGGAUUUAUCUCAGGCAAUGCCGGUGGAUCUGGAGGUGGUUUUCUGACAGGCAAUGCCGGUGGAUCUGGAGGUGGUUUUCUGACAGGCAAUGCUGGUGGAUCUGGAGGUGGUAUUAUCUCAGGCAAUGCCGGUGGAUCUGGAAGUGGAUUUAUCUCAGGCAAUGCCGGUGGAUCUGGAGGUGGUUUUCUGACAGGCAAUGCCGGUGGAUCUGGAGGUGGUUUUCUGACAGGCAAUGCCGGUGGAUCUGGAGGUGGUAUAAUCUCAGGCAAUGCCGGUGGAUCAGGAAGCGGAUUUAUCUCAGGCAAUGCUGGUGGAUCAGGAAGUGGUUUUCUCACAGGCAAUGCCGGUGGAUCAGGAAGUGGAUUUAUCUCAGGUAAUGCCGGUGGAUCUGGAGGUGGUUUUCUCACAGGCAAUGCCGGUGGAUCUGGAGGUGGUAUUAUCUCAGGUAAUGCCGGUGGAUCUGGAGGUGGAAUUGUCAGAGGAAGUGCUGGUGGAUCAGGAAUUGGUUUUGUGUCAGGCAGAGGCGGUGGAUCACGGGGUGGUUUUGUGUCUAACAAUGGUGCUGCACUGGAAAAUGCCUUGAUUGCAGGGAUUGCCAGUAGAUCACGAAGCGGUGCUGGUGGAUCACGAGGUGGUUUUGGCAGAGGUGGGGCUGGUGUACUGGAUAAUGUUUUAGUCACAGGCAAUACCGGUGGACCAGGAAGUGGUUUGGUGUCUGGCAUUGGUGGUGGAUCAGGUUUAGUGUCUGGCAGUGGCGGCGGAUCAGGAGGUGGUUUUGUGUCUGGCAGUGGCGGUGGAUCGGGCGGUGGUUUUUCCAGAGGCUUGGGUGCAGGCAGUGGUGGACAAUUAGGCAAUGACUUAAGUUCACUUGCAGUUGGAGGUGGUGGUCGUGGUCGUGGUGGUGUUCGUGGUCGUGGUUUUGGUGGUGGUGGUGGUUUUGGUCCUGGUAGUGGUUUUGGUAGUGGUGGUGGCUUUGGUCCUUCGAGGCUUACCAUUAACCAUGACGGUAUAUCGCGAGGCACUAUACGCCCUAGAACCAGAGCACCAGGACGCCCUAGAGCCAGAUUAACAGCGCGCCCUACGCCCAUUACAACAGCAAACCCCGCCUUCACUCAGUCGUUGCAGGACGUGGCAGUCGGGGGCCAUCAGGAUCAAGGAGAGCGUUCUCGUCUUCGUGUUCUCCAGGCCAGGCGCGGGAACACACACACCACUGGCCCUGUCCCGCUGGACGUCCUGGAGAGGGUGAUGGGCUCGAGAGGACAAGGCAUAGUAGAUAUCACUCCUGCAUUUCCUCAAGCACAUUUUAAUAUCCAUCAGCGGCCUGGAAGUGAAUUUGUGAGGUGAUGGUUGAGGUACUCUGGCUCACCGUAACUCUUAAGAUUUUUUUUUUUCAUUUUUUAGGUAUUUUCUUUAUUCUUUUCUGAUUUAAUUAUGUUUUGAGUGCUAAGUAGCAACAUUGACCACAGCUGCUUCCCCGACAGGCACUAGUGGUCAAGAAACGUUUGUCUUGUACAUAUGAUAUUUUGAUAUGAAAAUAAAGGUCUGUUUUGAAAUCCUUUGUAAUGUA